AUGAAGCGAACAAACAUCAGCCAAGAACCCGCGAAGCACUCAAAGCGAGCGCGACACACUUACGGAAGACGCCGAUCGACUCCAGUUCCAGUCAAACCAGCCGAAUCGCCCACAUCAACUCCACCACGAUCAUUACGCACCCUGGGUAGCAUGAAGAUUGAACGUACGCCCUCACGAGUUGGGCGAAUUGACUUCACGACGCCAGCACUAUGCAGCCUUGAACUGCAAGAUCAGAAUAUAAAUUCUUUGCCUGAAUCUUCCAAGCCAAAAGCGACCGGUUCCGCAUCACUAUUCACAGAAUUGCAAUCGCUCCGCCGGAUCGUUCCCGACAGUCAAUACCGCAUCUACGAAAUAAUAUUUAGUUGGCUAAGUGGCUUACUGGGUUCAACGGAACCACUAGGCCAGUCGGCGCACCCAAAAUCGCUUUUGGGAAUGUGCCUUCGCAAGGUUCCGGAUGCUUUGGCCGUGAUAGAAGACUGGGAUCGACAGACCGCAGCAAUGGAAGGGAAGUCAUUGAAGUGGGAAUCAUCUAAAGCAUCGAUAGAGCUUUACGAGCAACUUGAAAAUUUCGGGAGCACGAAUAUUGGCUGGAAAUCACUCAAACUAGUUGUUCGUGCACACGCUAUUUCUCUGUUGGCAACGGCUGUCUCAGAAAGUCUUUUUGAGCCCCCUUUUGUACGAUUGUUGGCUGAUCUUUGCAUCAGCCUGGAGUGUAGGGCUGAAGCAGCGCGACUUGUCUCGAGUCUGAAGCUCCCCUUGACUGCGCCCUGCGGUUCGGCAAGUACGCUGCUGGAGAGUAGUGCAGUCCAGCCUCUAGGGGCUAUCCUAAAAAGCUUGUACGGCCAAGGAACAAUCGGCCCAUCUUGGUAUUGCCUUUCAACCCUCAUCAAGGACAAGAAACUCCCGCCGAGCUGGCUCACGUCUCGGGCGUUUCAGUCAGUAUGGACAAGAGGAAUCGAGAUUUUACUUCACAGAAGAACGCCUGUGGCCCCGGUCAUCGAUUUCAUGUGUACAGCCAUUGACCAGCUUCUACUAGAAGACGGAAAAGCGUUGAAAACGGAAGAAGCUUCAGAGGAUGAGACUCUAACGAAUGUGUUGGCUGCAGUGGCAGCAGCGAUAUGGACCCUAGGCACUGAAAUGAAUGACAAGGAACCUUGGAAACUACACUCGGUUCGACGCUUGCUAUUCACACUCGAGUCUUGUGCACUUCAGCAAGAGACGCAUCUUGGCACCACUCGAAACAGAGGUCUUCUCAUUGUCGUUUUAGCUCGGUUCCUGGCUGCCGGUAUGAUCGACAAAAAUGUCGUCAGUUCAACGACGAAAAACCAUGCGAUUUAUGACUGUCUGAAACUCCUGACAGUUAGAAACGGAACCCCCACACAAACACAAUACAGACAGACACUUUUGCUGGCUUGCUCUGUCGCGCAGUACCGGGGGCAAGCGUGUCAUCUGCCAUGCCACGACAUCUUAUCUGAGAUUCGUACGUUAUUCAACGAACUAGGGCUUCCAACUUGGUUUCAGAACGGUUUAGUGUCUGAUGGGGCUUUUGUUCUGGCGCAGAGAACGAGGGAUCUCCGAGAUGUUGCUUUCGCUGAGAGGCUUCCUGCUGCUGGCAAGGGAACCCUAGACACAAGCACGAUAUUCUCGGGCUGGUGUUGGGAGGAAGGAAUCGGCGAAUGGGUUCUGCCCAGCCCUGGUCAAAAACAACGAAGCGAGCUGAGACAUCAGAACCACCUUCAAAACGGAACGAGAUACCAAGCAGGCGGAGAUCAACAACCAGAUAGUCGAGCCCGGACUAGAAGCCUAAGAGGGCCUAGGGUCGUCUACAGUAACAAUCUUAGAUACGGGAGCGACGAAGAUAGUUCCGCGGGAAGUGAGAGGGGGUCGGAGAAUCAUGAUGGCACGGACGACAGUGACAGGGAGGAUGAAAACGAUACGAGUGCAACCAGCAUUACUGAAUUUAUUGUCAGGGGAGGCCAAGACAGCGAAGAUGAGCUUGGUGAAUCCUUUUCCCUGAGCCCAGCAUCGAAGAAAAAGCACAGCUACGGCAUUGACAAGAGAAACAGCAACAGCAUCAACACAACCAUGAAAACAAAAGCUGUAAAAAAGCUGAAGCGCUUGGAUAUCACGCGGACCUGGCAGGCGACCCGACUUCAUAGCCCAGGGGGUUCAGUGGCUCAACAGGUAGAUGACGAUACAGAUGAUGAACUUAGUAUACUACUCUGA